UAGCGUGGAGGAAAUUCAGCGUCAAGGAGUCUCUUCAUCCGCCCACUCGGCUCCCUCAUUGGGCUGAGAAGCAUGAUGUCACACGCCGGCCGCCUCUAUAAAAACCCGCUUUCCCCGCACAGACGGCAGAGCAGCUGGAAAGCUCAUUUUGCUGACAACAAGGAGGUCGGCUCACGCCCGCAGUCGCUCGGGAGAAACUUUGGGAGCUACUCAAGAACAAGCAGGAAGCAUCUCACCAUGUGCAGAGGACUUGAAUCGCUGCCCAUCACCUGCCUGGAGAGGGCGAAGGAGCUGAAGGCGUUGUUUGGAAGUUUGCUGCAGAGGUCAGAGCACAGCCUCACAGGGCAGGCCAAGAAAAGUGACAAGCAGAGAUUACAUGAUGAAGUCAACGAGCCUCUAAAAUGGAAGGAGUCAUUUGACAAUCUGCUGUCCAGUCAAGACGGACUGUGUUUGUUCAGAGCGUUCCUGGUGUCAGAGUUCAGCGAGGAGAACAUCGCCUUUUACUUGGCCUGUGAGGACUACCGGACGAGCAAACCGCCCAAGCUGGCCGCCAAGGCCAGGAAGAUCUACAAGGAGUUUGUCUGCUCCGACGCGCCACGAGAGGUAAACCUUGACCACGCCACCAAAGAAGUCACCAGGGAAAACAUGACACGGCCCAGUCAGUCGUGUUUCGAUCAGGCUCAGGACAAAAUCUACACGCUGAUGGAGAAAGACUGCUACCCUCGCUUCCUCAGGUCCUCGGCGUACCUGAACCUGACCAGAGAGACCAAGACGGGCUAAGAGACUUU